AUGUCAGAGCUCAGUGCUCAGAGGCGAGGGCUGCCCUACAUGAUGGGAGAGGGCUUGAGGGGACGAGUAGGGAGUGAGAGAUGGGAUGGGUUGGAAACCUGCUGCUCCCAGCCCCUACAGCCACACCUUUGGAUGCUGACCACAAGAACAACCAGGUACCAAUUGUCUCUGGAGCUGGGCCUUGUAGUUGCGCUGAGGAGAUCAGGAGUUUCCAGGAAGCCCCUGGCUCAAUCUGGAUGUGAGAAAGAAAUGUGUGGUGAUGUGGAGAAGAUGGUGGGCUCUCCUGGCUAUUGUGCUGGCUUCCUCCUUCCUGUCCUCCUUCUCCAGGUGUCUACAUGGUACUCAACAGUGUCCGGGUUUUCUGUAAAGGGACCGGUUGAGCCAACCGUGGUUCUGCUAGGGACAGAUGCCACUCUGCCUUGCCAGCUGUCCCCUGAGCAAAGUGCAACCCACAUGCACAUCCGGUGGUACCGAGCCCAACUCUCCCCUGCUGUGCUUGUGUACCAGAAUGGACAGGAACAAAGUGGGGAGCAAAUGCUGGAAUACCGUGGCAGGACAGAGUUGGUGAGGGACUCCAUCAGCAAAGGGGGUGUGGCCCUGCUGAUCCAACAUGUCCGUGCUUCUGAUCAUGGCCAGUACCGGUGUCAUUUUAAGGAUGGUCACAGUUCCCAAGAAGCCGUUGUGGAGCUGCAUGUUAUAGGUAUGUCAACUUGGCACAGAAGUGUGCUUCAUGGUGUAAAGCAAAGAGAAAAAUGAGGACAUUUGGAUUCCUAACGUGGCAUUUCUUAUGAUCUUCCAUAUAUUGAUAUUGAUAUGCUAAUUUACCUUGCAAGAUAUCAGUUUCCUAAACUAUAUAGUGAGGAUAUGACUACAUACUCUAUUCACUUUUAAACACCAAAAAGGGCAAUAUUUUUAGGGUUGUUUUGGUAUCCUAAAAGGCUCCAGAAAAUAAACUAAUAUUAAUUCAGAUUGGUACUGACACCCUCAGACAUUAGUAGAAUUUUAUACAUUCAGUAGGAAAAGACAAUUUAUAGAAUUAAACUCCUUCUAUAGCUUUAAUUGUACCUGUUUUUUCCUAUCCGUGAAAUGACCCCAAAGCUUUCUUAGUCCAAAUAUAGU